AUGCGCAUCGUGACAUACAUGCUUGGUCUGGCACGCGAUAUUUUUAUCUUGACUGGGCGUCUGGUCACAUUCGACUUCAUCUUAAUUAUCGCUAGUUUCGGCUAUCCCCCGCUCUAUAUAUACAUUCCAGUCGUACCUAAGGAAAAUAUACUCGUAGAAGCGUUCUGUCAACCGGCUAUGGAGACGCAACAUAUAUUUACGAACGUAUGGUCUCCACCCUGCGGUGGUGUGCGGAUCGAUUUCGUGCCACAGCCGUGUGCCUUGGCCUUGGCCAGAUUGCCGCUGCAGCAACGGUCAGCAGAAUCCCAUGGAUCAUAUUUCGUUCUUUACAAAGUCGUUGCAGACAAUGAGCGCGCUGCUAGUCCUUCGGGGCAGCUUGGGCUGGACGUUGAUCGGGGUUUGACAAAGACGGACGCCGUAGCGCCGCAUCCAAUCUACCACAUCGAGAACCUAAUCCGUCAGCUAUGGGCUGAAGUCAUCGCCAUCUUGGCGGACGCACACGAGAUUCCUCGAGACAAGAUCGGCAUCACACUGGUCUUUUGCCUGCAUUGACCUAUCUUCACAUGAAGUAUUCACAGCAGCGAGCACCAAUAGGAUAGGUUCGUACUGGUUGCAAAGCGCAAUCAGCGCGAAACGCAGUCGAAAAUCCGGAAAAUUUGAUGCAAACGCAGUAGUCUGGUUUCCAG